AUGGUAUUUACUAAGGAAGAAGUUGAUUACUCAUUAUAUCUGGUUACAGAUUCUACCAUGCUUCCACCGGGAACUACUUUAUGUUCUCAGGUUGAAGCUGGGUUGAAAAAUGGUGUAACGCUAGUUCAAAUCCGUGAAAAGGAUAUUGAAACAAAAAAUUUCGUUGCAGAGGCUUUAGAAGUUCAAAAAAUAUGUAAGAAGUACAAUGUUCCACUUAUUAUCAAUGACCGUAUAGACGUCGCUAUGGCAAUUGACGCCGAUGGGGUUCAUGUGGGCCAGGACGAUAUGCCAAUCCCAAUGGUAAGAAAACUUUUGGGCCCUUCUAAAAUUCUUGGAUGGAGUGUUGGUAAACCUUCGGAGGUAGAGACAUUGGCUAAAUGGGGGCCAGAUAUGGUAGAUUAUAUUGGUGUUGGUACUCUUUUCCCUACAUCAACAAAGAAAAAUCCUAAGAAAUCACCCAUGGGUCCUCAAGGCGCCAUUGCCAUUUUGGAUGCUUUGGAGGAAUUUAAAGCUACAUGGUGUAGAACCGUUGGUAUUGGUGGUCUUCAUCCUGACAAUAUUCAACGUGUGCUUUGUCAAUGUGUUGCUUCAAAUGGAAAGAGAUCGUUGGAUGGUAUCUCUCUAGUCAGCGAUAUUAUGGCCGCUCCAGAUGCAUGUGCAGCAACCAAGAGGUUGAGAGGCUUGUUAGAUGCUACCAGAUACCAAUUUGUUGAGUGCGAGUUAAAUAAUACAUUUCCGACCACAACUUCAAUUCAAAACGUUAUAUCUCAAGUAUCAAACAAUCGUCCAUUAGUGCAACAUAUCACCAAUAAGGUUCAUCAAAAUUUUGGUGCCAAUGUCACUCUAGCUUUAGGCUCAUCUCCUAUCAUGUCUGAAAUUGAAAGUGAAGUAUCUGAACUAGCAAGAAUCCCAAAUGCUUCUUUACUGUUAAAUACCGGAUCAGUGGCACCUAUUGAAAUGCUAAAAGCCGCAAUUAAUGCUUAUAAUGAAGUAAAUAGACCCAUCACCUUUGACCCGGUCGGGUACAGCGCCACUGAAACAAGGCUCUGUCUAAACAACACUUUGCUCACUUACGGCCAAUUUGCUUGUAUAAAGGGCAAUUGCAGUGAAAUACUGUCUCUAGCCAAGUUAAAUAACCAUAAAAUGAAGGGCGUCGACUCUAGCAGCGGCAAAACGAACAUCGACACACUUGUGCGCGCUACACAAAUUGUGGCAUUCCAAUACAGGACUGUUGCUGUUUGCACGGGUGAGUUUGAUUGCGUUGCUGAUGGUACUUUUGGAGGCGAAUACAAACUUUCAUCAGGAACAGAAGGAAUAACCGCUGAAGAUCUUCCAUGUGUAAUAAUUGAAGAUGGCCCAAUUCCUAUCAUGGGUGACAUCACUGCAAGUGGAUGUUCACUUGGUUCUACAAUUGCUUCCUUUAUCGGUGGGUUAGAUUCCACUGGAAAACUGUUUGAUGCUGUGGUUGGUGCUGUCCUAUUAUACAAAUCAGCUGGUAAGUUGGCUUCCACCCGUUGUCAAGGAAGUGGUUCAUUCCAUGUCGAAUUGAUUGACGCAUUAUAUCAAUUAUUCCAUGAAAAUAAACCAGAAAAGUGGUCCGCUUCUUUGAAGAAAUUCAAAUAA